AUUUCUGUUUUGUUUUGAAGUGCUAGAUCACAGACUGAUACCCAAUCGCCUGUAGUAGCAUCUCACCUGAGCAGCAUUGUUAGCGAACGAGCUGAAUAUCUGCCAAAAAAUCGUCGAGGAGCUAAGCUCUGCUUCCUAGGCCACGGUGUAUCAUGGCAAAGACACGGCUUCUACAGGCAUUCCUGACGGCCCUUUUAUUAGUAGCUUGUGCAACCGCCACAGACGCCCAGAAGCUCGGAAAGCUGAAAAGAAGAGUGGCGACUUUCAUCAACGGCGGGUUUUCCGCGAAUGUGAAGCUCUCGCUUUACACCUACUAUAACAAAUACAAUAUCGCCUUCGAGACCGUCCUCACCACCACCAACGGCACCCUGCUUCCGCCUUUCCAACACACGCUCGUCAACGCCACGGAUGAUACUCCCUAUGUUAUUUUCCCUCCGGGUGUGUGGGACGUCAAGUACGAUAAACAGGACGGGAUUGUAACGGGUUACCAGUACACUGGCACCGGUGCUGUAUUCAACAGUAACGCGUAUUCGGGAACCGUCGCAGCGAGUGCCGCGCCGCUUGCAUUAACGCGUACGCUGAGCACGAUGGCCAGGUGGCCGGCGCGGUUCAAGGUUAUCCUUGCAGAUUCGGCCAACAACACUUUGGGCUCUAGAACCCUCAACUUCGCUUGAGUGCGAUGCGUCAAAUAGGAUUCGGGAAAAGUCCGUGGCUGAAACUCUGUAUGAUAAAUAGAAUCGCUUCUAUUCAAUGAUUCAGCUGAUGUAAAGCUGGUUGUGGGCAAACGUCCCACCUCACCAAGUCCUUAGUAACUGCACUGCGCAUUAUUGUACUUCAGAUUUUUUUUGGGAUAUUCUGCUUGGUUUUUGGGCCC